UCUCUCUAUAAAACGAACAUAAGCUAAAGUCUGUAAAACAUAUAGAGAGAAUUAUUAGUGUAAAUGGGAAAUCUACAUAUUCUGGCAAUACCUUAUCCAGCACAAGGCCAUGUCAUUCCUCUUAUGGAGCUGUCUCACAGCUUGGCCAAACAUGGCUUCCAAAUCACAUUUGUCAACUCAGAUUUUAAUCACCAGAGAGUCAUGGAUGCGUUUGCCAAUAAGGUUGAUCCAGAAGGGCCAAUUCGUCUAGUUUCAAUCCCGGACGGGAUGGAAGUUGGCGAGAACAGGAAUCUUUUAGGGAAGUUAACGGAUGGACUGAGCCAAGUCAUGCCCGGGGAGCUGAAGGAGCUCAUACAGAAAAUUGAUAGAUUAGAAGAUGAUAAGAUCACUCAUGUUAUAGCUGAUGUCAACAUGGGAUGGGCACUUGAAGUUGCAGCAGAGAUGGGAAUCCCUGGAGCUGCUUUCUGGCCCGCAUCUGCCCUUGUAUUGAACUUGCUUUUUAGCACCAAGAAGUUGCUUGAUGAUGAAGUUAUUGAUGAACAUGGUACUCCAAUCAAUAAAGAAAAGAUGAUUCAGUUGUCCCCAAACACACCUGCCAUGCACCCAAAGAAUUUUCUGUGGGUCUGUCUCGGUGACUUCAACACACAAAAAACUAUUUUUGAAUAUGCCGAGAGAAACAAUAAAGCUAUUGCAAAAGCAGAGCGGCUAAUUUGCAACACAACUUAUGACCUGGAGCCUGAAGCACUUAGCUUAGUUCCAGAGAUCCUGCCCAUAGGCCCAGUUUCAUCAACCAACCAGCUUGGAGCCUUGGCAGGAAGUUUCUGGCCAGAGGAUGCAACUUGUUUGAAGUGGCUUGAUCAACAGGCACCGGGUUCGGUUAUUUAUGUGGCAUUUGGCAGCUUCACGGUUUUUGAUCCAAUCCAAUUCCAAGAAUUGGCUCUGGGCCUGGAACUCUCAAACAGGCCCUUUCUCUGGGUUGUCAGACCAGAUAUCACUGAGGGGAGUGAAUCGGAUGAUCUUUACCCCGAAGGAUUCAAGGAAAGAGUAGCCAACAGAGGAAGGAUGGUGGGCUGGGCACCCCAACGUGCGGUUCUGGCUCAUCCUUCUGUUGCUUGCUUCUUAAGCCAUUGCGGUUGGAAUUCCACCGUUGAAGGCGUAAGCAAUGGGGUCCCUUUUCUGUGUUGGCCAUACUUUGCUGACCAGUUUGUUAAUGAGAGCUACAUUUGUGGCAUUUGGAAAAUUGGCGUAAAUUUUACAAGAGAUGAAGGAGAGACCAUUACAAGAGAAGAAAUUAGGAGCAAAGUGGAGCUGUUGCUAGGUGAUGAAAGCUUCAGAGCAAGAACUCUUAAACUAAAAGAAUUGGUUAUAAGUAGUGCCAAUGAAGGUGGUAGCUCUGACAGGAUUUUCAAGAACUUCAUUGAAUGGAUGAAAUCAUAG